AUGAGCAAGUGCCGCCUGGGCGACCAGUUGCUCAAGAUCAACAACGAGAGCGUCACGUCGUGGCCGUUCGCUGAGAUCGUCGAGACGCUCGAAAUCGCGCGGCGACCGAUUUCGCUGACGUUCCGCACGACGGCCAACGUCCACACGUCGCCCCGCGCGUCCACGCCGUCGCUGUCGUCUACGCCGUCACUGGCGUCCACGUCAUUGUCGUCGAUGUCGUCCACGUCGUCCACGUCGUCAAUGCACUUUUCGUCGUCGUUGCUGCACCGCAAAGCCAAGUCGACGUCGGAGAUGGAGCCCGAGGACGGCGCGCGUAGCAAAGUGUCGAUGCACGCGCUGUUUUCGCGCUCGCGGUCGUCGAAAGCGACGCACCGGUGGAAAAAGGACCAGCGGCUGCAGGACGGAGGAGAUGUGGUGGACAACGGCCGCGAGGGCUACGACUCGGUCCGUAGUACGUGCGACGGGGUGGACGACCGCCACGACCACUCGAGCGUCGUGACCGACCGACGGCGGGACACGGAUCAGCAUCCGUAUCAGACUUUGUCGUCGUGUUAUGACAGUAGGGGCCGGGAGACGACGACGACGACGACGUCCGUGCGAUCGUCGGUGCUGUCCGAAGACGUGGAAAUGUGGUGCCGCGAGCAGGAGGAGAUGCACAGUGACAUCAUUAUGCUCUUGACAGAGACUGUGAUGCGGUGCGAGCGGCUGCAGCAGGAGAACUUGGACCAGCUGCAGAGCCUCAUGCAGCUCUCGGUUAAUAGCCCCAGCUGUCGGAGCGACUGCAGCAGUGCUGCGUCGUCGUAUGCGGGAGGCGAGAAAAGUGGUAAAGGCGACAAGUGUUUGGAGUUCAUAGACGGAGACGCAGCUGGACCGGUGGCCGAGACGAGUUCGACAAGUUCGUCCCCGAGAGCAUAA